UGAUUUAAAACCCGAAGACGCAGCGGAAACCUGUUCUUUAAUUAAGGAUCUUGCCUCUUCAAUCUUCAACUCUUUCAAUACAUUUCACUCAACCUCUGCUCCUUUAUCCCUCUUCAAAUCUUUUUAUUUCCUAUUAAUAUUGCUCUACCUCAGGCUGCAUCUAUAGUCUGUUGAAGAAAUUGUUUUAAUGGGGGAAGCUCCAGCUUUAUUUAUUGAUGAUGUGCAAAGGAGUUUUUCAAAAGUGUUUGAUCUAAAACUGAACGAUUUCGACACCGCGAUUGUUGUUGGACACAAAACUUAUGUUAUUGGUGGGACGGGUGAGCCAACAUCAAGUGGAGUUCGUAUUUUCAACAAGUUGACCGGUGAAUGGGUGAUACCGACCAUUCUAGGGACAAAACCGGAAUCACUCAAGGGCUUCUCAUGUGUUCUUUUGAACGAAGAUAGAAUCUUGAUCAUCAAAAAGAAUUCCAAAUCCAAUGAAUCCGUCUGGUUUCUUGAGGUGGACACACAAUUCAUUCGGGACCAAAAGAAUAAAUCUGAAACCGAAGUUGUCGCUUGGAGCAAGGGCGUUAUCGGCAAUGCAGAGCAGCCCAUAGUGAUUAGUGGCCCCUCCGGGGUGGGUAAGGGUACCCUAAUUAAUAUGCUCAUGAAAGAAUUCCCCAUGAUGUUUGGAUUCUCGGUUAGCCACACGACUCGUGCUCCAAGAGAGAAGGAGCAAAACGGGGUGCAUUAUCAUUUCACUAAACACAACGUUAUGGAAGAAGAUAUUACAUCCGGAAAAUUUCUCGAGUUUGCCGCAGUCCAUGGUAAUCUUUACGGGACUAGCAUAGAAGCUGUUGAUGUCGUUGCUGAUGCUGGAAAGAGAUGUAUUCUCGACAUUGAUGUUCAAGGAGCAAGGUCCGUGAGGGCGAGUUCACUCGAAGCUAUUUUCGUUUUUGUCUGCCCGCCGUCAUUUGAGGAGCUUGAAAAGCGCCUUCGUGCAAGAGGGACGGAAACCGAAGAACAGAUCCAGAAAAGACUUAGAAACGCAAAGGCUGAACUUGAACAAGGACAGUCUUCGGGGCUUUUCGAUCAUAUUUUAGUGAACGAUGAUAUUAAAGCGUGUUACGAGCAACUUAAGAAUAUCUUGGGUAUUAGCGAAAACAUCAACGCUGCCCCGAUAAUCGCGAAUAAAGUGUUUGAUUUGCCUGUGGACCUCUCAUUGUCCAAAACCGACGAAAAGAUCCUGAUUAACUGCGGGACUGCCGAACAAAACGUUGUUCUUGAUUUAUCUUCGAUGAAAGGAGGGGCGCCUGCCCGAACGAGAGGACUAGAUAUGUACGGUUUUGAUCAAUAAACAGUUGCAACUCUUGCGCCGAUAUCUUUAGUCACGAAUCUAGUCAUGGAUUAUUACGGUGUUGUUUUCGUAUUUGAAGGGGGAGACUUAACAAAGUAACUUGUAGUUAGAAAUCGCUUUUUCGGGGCUUUAUUUUUGUGUUCUUAAAGAUAUUUGAUUGAGGGAUUUGGAGUAACUUUUGAGAAUUUUAAUUUUGAAGAUGAAUAAUGAGAUUAUGAGAAGGAGAUGAAUCUUUAUUUUGAA